UGGUGGGUGGCGGGUGGUGGGAGGUGCGGGAGACACAAUCGGCAGCAGCCCAAGCAACAGAAUGAGGCAGGCAGGCAAAAGACAAACUAGAACGCAAUGGGCAAAACCGCACCGGCAAGGUUAACAGUAUUCUGUAAGCGAAAGGGGGUGGUGGUAGAGAAGGUCCGGACGGAUACGGGAUGCGGGAAGGGGGAAAAAAAAAAAAAAAAAGGCUGCGCCGGGCCGCUGGACGGUUCCCCGAGCUCCUGUGUAGUUAUCGAGUCAAGCGCAGCGAUCCCCCGACGCUCCCCUUUUGGCUGUCCCGGGCAGACGGGAGCAUCACGAGAGCGAAAAUGCUGCUCCAACCCGCAUCCACUUCCAGUUCCGCGGCUUUUCGUCCAGUGCUGGAGCCAGUGGGCUGCUCGGGCGUCUUUCAGAGACCCACGAAGGAUAUUGUCGUUAGAUCGGCAUCUCGGGCGGAAUGCGGGGGCUGGGAAGCUAAUCACCGACACUUGCCUCUUCUGGGCUAACGUCGGACAGAGAAUUCCGGGUAUUGGUUGGAGUUCUUG